AUGGAUGAUAUUUUUGAUAAUAUAUUUAAAAUAAUUUCUGCCUAUAGAAUGAGUGUUACAUUCGACUCUAAAUAAGAAAAUGUACUCAACUAGACCUAGAGUGAAGUAAUUACAUUGCAUAAAUAUUAUUUCAGACAAAAUUUGAAUGGACCCCAUAAACUUAAGAGAAACUUAAAGAGCUCCAUAUUUAGUAGCAAGGAAACUGGAAAUCUAUUAGCAUAUUAUUAAAUGGUCCUACACCAUUAGAAUGUAUGCAUAAAUGGCAAUAGCUUCAUCCAAAUUAAGUAGAAUAUGAAUAAUAGCUUAGGCUCCUUCAAGACAGUUAUGGACAUCUUAAGAAGAUGAAUAAUUGAAAGAAUUAGUUUAAAAGUUUGGUAAAAAAUGGAGUAAAAUUUGUACAGUAAUGGAUUGGAGGACAGGAAAAUAAGUUAGAGAGCGUUAUUUGAAUCAAUUAUAAGGGACAAUAAAUUAAGAUAAAUGGACAGAAGAGGAAGAUAAGUUGAUUCUGAAAUUAUAUAGGAAAUUCGGAACUAAAUGGAGUUAUAUAUCAAGUUUUUUAAAAGGAAGGCCUGUAAUUAUCAUAUUUUUAUAGAUAUAGGAAAACAUGGUGAAAAAUAGAUAUUAUGCCAAUCUAAAGAGAAGAUAUUAGUGUGAUCUAGAUGAUUCAGAUGAUGAUGAUUUUGAAGAAGAUUCUAUUUCUUCAUCCAAUGAUGAAAAAAUUAAACUUUAAAAAAGAAGAAAAUUACCUAUACCAAAAAAUGAUGAUUUAAAUUCAAAAAGAAUAUAAAUUUAAGAAGCCUGUUCAGAAAAUUGUCAAAUAAUGACAAGAUCAAAAGUGAAUAAAUAAAAAGAUGAAAAUAGCUAGAAAAUAGUCAGUUCUAAUGAGAAUCAAAAUAUUAAAAAUAUUAUAGGUAUUUUAUUUCAAUAUUCAUAAAAGGAUGCUAAAAUGUCACUUCUAAUAUGAAUAAUCAAGUCACAAAUAUCAAAGAAGAAAAUUUAAAAAAAAUGGAUCACAAUAAUUUUAAUUCUUAAAUUCCUCAAUAAACUUAUCAACCUUAUUAAGAUGCCUCAAUGAUCAUCAAUUCUAAUAUAAUCUAAUAACAAAUAAAUAAUAUACCCUUGAAUUAAUCAAGUCCAAAAAUUAUUUAAGAAUAAAUUUCACUUCAACAUCUAUAACAAAACAAAUAGUAGCAUAUCAAAAUUCCAUAAUUACCCUUUGUAAUUAAUCAAUAUCCAGUGAUUCAAAUGACAAACCCUAUGUUAGGGUUUAUUUCUCCAUAAUAAUAAUUUAUAUAUUAGUUGCCAUGUUAAUCAAAUUAUUAGAAUUAGAUUAACUAUUUAAAUAAAUGGAAUGAAUUCUCAACAUUUUACAAUAAUUAAUUGUUGUAGAAUGGCUUGUAACCAUGA